AUGUUAAUCAGACGUCAACCAAAAUAUCCAAACAAAUUCAAAUACGCAUCAAUUCUUGUGUUGGUCAUGUAUUUUAUUGUUUCCAACAUAUAUACCAGCCAAGCUUACCUAUAUAUUAGUCCCGGAAUAAAAAUAUUGAAAAGCGGACUUCAUUUAGUGAUAUCUUCGAUCGCCAUUUGCCGACCAUAUGUCGCAGCUGAUAAUCGAUCCUUUUAUGAACGCGAUUACCCGCAAGAAAAUUUACCACGACGAUUAUCAAAUUCUUCAUAUGAAAAUGUUGUUCGUCAACUACAUUCGUUUCGAUUAGUGAUUCUAUCGUGUGCUCGUAACGUUGCAUCUAAUGUCGAUAGAUUUCGAAGCCGGAGUGAAGCAAUUCUCGACCUAUUUCAUCCAUCAUCGUCAGUUCAUGUUCUCGAAAGUGAUUCAAGUGAUGGAACCGCAGAAGUACUUCGUCGAUGGUCUCGUGUACAAGUUUACUCAUAUGGACGUUUGGAACCAAAGUACUAUGAGCGCACAGACCGACUUGCUUAUUGCCGAAAUACUCUGUUCGAAAAAGUAUAUAAUUUAACAGCGGAUUACUUUCUUAUAGUAGAUUUCGAUCGAUUCUCAACAACUGUGGCGUCAUUUUUAACUAAUUUUCAGUAUGAUACUGAUGAUUGGUCAGUAAUGACAGCAUCAAGAGUAGAUUCAUAUUAUGAUAUUUGGGCGUUACGCACUCUAUCUGAUACAAUUGUAAACUAUGAUGUCUGGCAUCGAGUUUGGGAUUUAGAGGUAUCACCCAAUAAUUAUUGUCGUCGAUCAGUUAGCGAACAAAUUAUUGGUAUCCAUAAGAAACGAAUUCCAAUUGAACAUGGUCUAAUUGAAGUACGCUCAGCGUUUGGUGGUGCUGGAUUGUAUAAAGCGAAUGUUACACGAAAAUGCCAAUACAAUGGCAAGGGGCCUACUUGUGAACAUGUAUCUUUUCAUUUAUGCAUACGAAAAACCUACCAAGGAAGAAUAUUUAUAAACCCGGCAUUUCUGGUUUCUUGA